AAAUGCUGCAAAUGACGCGGACCCGCGCCCAGUCGCAGGAAGCCAGGGUUCCCAGCGCGGGCGCAGCGGGUCGUGAUCCGGGUCGGGACUUGGACUGCUGAGGCUGCAAGCAUGGGGUCCGGGGGUUGGAGGCUGCGCUGGACCCUCGGUCUGCUCCUCGCCGCGGCGGCGGGGGCUGCAGGGUCUGUCACUUGCAAAUCAGGGGACUUCAGCUGUGGGGGCCGCAUCAAUCGCUGCAUCCCCCAGUUCUGGAAGUGCGAUGGGCAGGUGGACUGCGAGAACGGCUCAGACGAGCAGGGCUGUCCCCCCAAGACCUGCACCCAGGACGAGUUCCCCUGCCACGACGGCAAGUGCAUCUCCCGGCAGUUCGUCUGUGACUCAGACCGGGACUGUCUGGAUGGCUCGGAUGAGGCCUCCUGCCCGGUGCUCACCUGCGGCCCCGCCAACUUCCAGUGCAACGGCUCUACUUGUAUCCCUGAGCUGUGGGUCUGUGACGGCGACGCCGACUGUGAUGACGGCUCCGACGAGUGGCCCCAGCGCUGCGAAGGGCAUGGCGGGUCCUCCCUCCACGGUGACAGCAGCCCCUGCUCCGCGUUCGAGUUCCUCUGUGGCAGCGGCGAGUGCAUCCAUGCCAGCUGGCACUGUGAUGGCGGCCCCGACUGCAAGGACAAGUCUGACGAGGAAGACUGUGCUGUGGCCACCUGUCGCCCAGACGAAUUCCAGUGCCUGGACGGGACGUGUGUCCAUGGCAGCCGGCAGUGUGACCGAGAGUAUGACUGCAAGGACAUGAGCGAUGAACUUGGCUGUGUCAAUGUGACGUUGUGUGAGGGACCUAACAAGUUCAAGUGUCACAGUGGCGAAUGCAUCACCCUGGACAAAGUGUGCAACUCAGCUAGAGACUGCCGGGACUGGUCGGACGAGCCCCUCAAGGAGUGUGGGACUAAUGAGUGCUUGGACAAUAACGGAGGAUGCUCCCACAUCUGCAAUGACCUCAAGAUUGGCCACGAGUGCCUGUGUCCUGGUGGCUUCCGCCUGGUGGGCCAGCGGCGAUGCGAAGAUAUUGAUGAGUGUCAGGACCCCGAUGCCUGCAGUCAGCUGUGUGUGAACCUGGAAGGUGGCUUCAAGUGCGAGUGUGAGGAGGGCUUCCAGAUGGAGCCCCGCACCGGGGCCUGCAAGGCCGUGGGUUCCAUCGCCUACCUCUUCUUCACCAACCGGCAUGAGGUUCGCAAGAUGACACUGGACCGGAGUGAGUACACUAGCCUCAUCGCCAACCUGAAGAACGUGGUGGCCCUGGACACGGAGGUGGCCAGCAACAGGAUCUACUGGUCCGACCUGUCCCAGAGGAAGAUCUACAGCACCCAGAUUGACAGAGCCCCUGGCAUCUCGUAUGACACCAUCAUCAGCGGAGACCUGCAGGCCCCCGACGGGCUGGCUGUAGACUGGGUGCACGGCAACCUCUACUGGACUGACUCUGUGCUGGGCACCGUCUCUGUGGCUGAUACCAAGGGCGUGAAGAGGAAAACGCUGUUCAGGGAGGAAGGCUCCAAGCCAAGGGCUAUUGUUGUGGACCCCGUGCAUGGCUUCAUGUACUGGACGGACUGGGGAACCCCGGCCAAGAUUAAGAAGGGUGGCCUGAACGGCGUGGAUGUCUACUCGCUGGUGACUGAAGACAUCCAGUGGCCCAACGGAAUCACCCUGGAUCAUUCCAGUGGCCGCCUCUACUGGGUCGAUUCCAAACUCCACUCCAUCUCAAGCAUCGACGUCAAUGGAGGCAACCGGAAGACGGUCUUGGAGGACGAGAAGCGACUGGCCCACCCCUUCUCCUUGGCCAUCUUUGAGGACAAAGUAUUUUGGACGGAUGUCAUCAAUGAAGCCAUUUUCAGUGCCAAUCGCCUCACGGGUUUGGACGUUAAUCUGGUAGCCGAAAACCUGCUGUCCCCAGAGGACAUUGUCCUCUUCCACAACCUCACGCAGCCAAGAGGGGUGAAUUGGUGUGAGAGGACCGCUCUCCGCAACGGUGGCUGCCAGUACCUGUGUCUCCCAGCCCCGCAGGUCAACCUGCGCUCGCCCAAGUUCACCUGUGCCUGCCCCGACGGCCUCCUGCUGGCCAGGGACAUGAGGAGCUGCCUCACAGAGGCUGAGCCCAUUGCGACCACCCAGGGGUCCUCCACAGUCCAGCUGAUGGCCAACUUUACCAAUCACACGACUGCCCAGCCCGCUCCUGGCACCUCCCGGCCGCUUGUGUCUGUCCCUGGGCUCACCACAGUGGAGACAGUGACGAUGUCCCACCAAGCCCUGGGUGACAUGGCCAGCCAGGAGAACGUGGAGAAGCCUCAGGGUGUGGGGGCUCUGUCCAUCGUCCUGCCCACUGCGCUGCUGGCCCUCCUCUGCUUUGGGGCCUUCCUCCUCUGGAAGAACUGGCGGCUCCGGAGCAUCAACAGCAUCAACUUCGACAACCCUGUGUACCAGAAGACCACAGAGGACGAGGUCCACAUCUGCCACAGCCAGGACGGCUACACCUACCCCUCGAGACAGAUGAUCAGCCUGGAGGAUGAUGCGGCCUGACCCCUCAAGCCUGU